UCCCCCCGAGAACUAUCACAUCGUAUCAGAACAACACAAAACUUCACUCUCGUCUUUAGUCUCCCCGAAUUGAUAGUUCUAUUGCUAGUUCCACCCGAAUCAAAAGUUCUAUCUCUAUUUCCCCAAUCGCGUGGGUUUACAUGGUUUUCGAACCAAACCCGAUAGAUAACCAUAGAAACACGGUUUGAAACCAAUUUAAAACCCGAUUAAAAAUCAUGCCCGACCCGAAUCCAGCUAUCCAGAUUAUAACAGAUAGUCGUUUAACGUUCUAAAAUCCCCAAUUUUGAAACUCAAGAACCCUAAAAAUCGAAAUCUCCAAAAUCGAAAAUCCCCAAAUUGAACUCUGAGAAUCAUGAGUAAUGUCUCAGGAGCUUCGAAUUCUUCAUCUCAUGUGCGAGGUAGAGGAAGGACUUAUGUGUUUGGCGUGCCCAAGAGAUGUUGGUGUGGAGAAGAUAUUGUGGCCAAAAACUCUCACUCGGAUGCAAAUCCUUGUCGAAGAUAUGUUCGUUGUGGAUAUGCCUAUGCGAAGAAGCUUGAGAAUGAUAAUCAUGUCUUCAAGUGGGUGGAUGAGGCACUCUUGGAUGAGGUUGAGAAGAUGAAGCAGCAGAUUGGUAUGCUUGAGAAGAAUGUGAUGGUGGAGCUUGAGAAAAAGAUGGUUAUGGAAGUUGAGAAAGAGUUAUGUGAGAAGGUUGAAGAUGUGAAAUCACUAAUGCAAGCAAGGAUGAAUAAGAUGCUAAUUGGGAUUGUCUUAGGUUGUAUGAUCAUGAUUGGCAUAGUUAAGCUAGUUGGAUGAGAUG